UGGGUUUGUUCCUGAGGAUUGACGCUGACUCUGACGGUAGGACUCAGACUGAAGCUUCGUUAACUAACCGUUAAUGACACAGGUGAUCAGGUGACCUGAGCCUGGACUGUGACAGUCCAGCUGUGAGUCCAGCUGUGAGUCUCCACACUAACAGACUAGUCCUGGAGAUCUGGAGAGACCCUGAACCUGAUCUGGUCUCAGGUCUGCUGAUGGAGCCUCGGACCACUGUAACACCACAAACAGCGUUACCAUGGAAACACUGCAUCCACCUGACUCUGCUGCUGGUCCAGCUGAGUUUACCUGAGGUCGGAGCUUCCUGUCGGAUCCUCAGGUGUAAUUCUGACUUUGUGGCUGCAACGUUGACCCUGGGCAGCAGCAGCAGCAGCAGCAGCAGCAGCGGCGGAGGGGGAGGAGGAGGACCAGGUGGAGGUCCAGGUGGAGCAGCAGGUGGAGCAGCUCUCAGCAGGGAGGCAGUGAACGCCGGUUAUUGCAGCGCCCUGCGCUCCUACGCCAUGUGCACAAAGCGGAUGGCGCGGGCCUGUCGCGGCGACCUGGCGUACCACUCUGCGGUUCAGGGCAUCGAGGACCUGCUGAUCCAGCACCGCUGCCCCCGGGCGGGGCCCACAGCCCAGCCCCGCCCCCUCCCUCAGGGCACGCUGUCCGGAGACGCCUGCCUCUACGAGAGGAGCUUCCUCAGCAGGGAGGGACGGGCGCCGGAGUACCUGCACUGCGGCGUGUUCGGAGACCCGCACGUCCGAACCUUCAACAACGACUUCCAGACGUGUGCUGUGCAGGGGGCGUGGCCCCUUAUAGACAACGAAUACCUGUUCAUACAGGCCACCAGCUCGCCAACCAGGGGCGGGGCUUAUGGCACAGUGCUUACAAAGGUCACCAUCAUCUUUAAGAACACGCGGCAGUGCUCGGAGCAGCAGCUGUACCAGGCCGAGCUGGACAACGUUCCAGCCGCCUUCGCUGACGGCUCCGUGUCGAGCGGGGAGCGGCGGGGUCACCACAGUCUGACGGUCCGGACCCAGAGUCCCGGCCGACAGGCGGAGAUCCGGGCGGCGCACAUCGGGACUCUGCUGCUGGUCCGUCAGAGCGGCCGCUCCCUGAGCCUGUCGGUGCGGUCGCCGCGCGGCAUCGUGGAGGCCUUCGGUCCGGAGCAGGACCUGCAGCUGUGCGUGUGGGGCUGCCCCCCCUCCCAGAGACUUGACACGCUCCACCCCCCGCCCCCCCCGCCGGACUCCUCGCCGUCCACCACCUUCAGCGCCCACGCCCACUGCGCCGCGCUGCUUCCCGCCCGAGACGUUUACUACCAGGCCUGCGUGUUUGACCUGAUCUCCAGCGGAGACCUGAACUCCAGCUCGGCCGCCGUCAGCGCGCUGCAGGACGCAGCCGCCAUGAUCUCAGAGCGGGAAAGAGUUCACCUGCUGCUGGUCGCCUCCGCAGAGCGGCCUCACCUGACGUUGCUGCUGCUGCUGCCGCUCGGCAUGCUGGGAACUCUGACCAGAGCCUGA